AUGUUUUUCUCUAAACUUCUCUAUAAAAUUUUUAUUUAUAUUAUCACAGAAUUAUUAAACAGAGGUAGUUUCCAAAAACCGGUUAAAUCACCUGAUGUAAAGGAUGAUCUUCAUCUGACAAACAGCGGGAAUAUUGGCACAAACGAAUUGAACUGCAAUCGAUAUCUCAAUACAACGAUGUAUCCAUCGAACGAGAGUGGUACUCAUCAUGAAAGUUGGAUUAUUCAUAUACAAAUUUGGGAUCUCAUGAAUAAUUUUAAUGGCCCAUCAACAUCAUCGCUAAUCAACCGCUCAAAUGGAUCUGCAGUCUGCGGAACGCAAAGUAGCGCUAUUCAUAAAGCUCAUAUCGUGACUUUACCAGAUAAUGUCCUAAUAGAAAUAUUUUCGCUAGUGAGCUACCAAGAUAUUUAUCGAGCGCAAAGAGUCAACAAACGUUUUUUGCAUUUAUUACGAAGGAAUGUGCAUCGGCUGAGGCGACCGACUGUUUCCGAAAUAAGUAUUCGAAUGAGCGUAAUUGAAAAUCGUACACAUCCGAUUGGAAGGCUGAAUUUAUCGAACUUCAGAAAAAGAAAAAUUGUAAGCCGACGAUUAAGCGUCGCACUCACAUGUAAAAAACAAAACCCAAAGAAAGAAUGCAAAUGUAGUUCACCGAAACAACGAGCAAUUGAAUUAGAAGAUCAUAUGUAUCAAAUUCCCGAGAAUUUCUUAACGUGUUUGGAUGAUCGCUUUAAAGAAGUGAUUGUUGAAGGAAUAGUUUCGCUUUAUGGAAUAACGCUUAAUGAAAAAUUAUACUCACGUCUUACUAAAAAUUGGGUCGAAAUAAGUUCUGCCAGCUCGCUUUUAAUUACAUUGUGCCGUUUCGAUAUAUCCAAAGAGCAAUUUCGGCAUAUGCUGAUUCGAACGAGUUGUAAAAAGCUUCACAUCGAAUUGUCACAUAUUAAGGACUCAGUUCUGAACGAUUAUGUGUUAGAAGGAAUGUGUAGCUGUGAAGAACUAACGGCAACUUGCGUUUCUCCAAGGUAUUUCGAAGGACUUACUGAUUCAACUUUAAACUAUUGGGCAUCACAGAAAAAUCUUCCACGUCGAAUCUAUAUGCAAAAUGUUUUUACGAACAUAACAUUGCAAGGAAUCUACACCAUGAUUAAUGCGUAUCGUCUGCAUAAUCCGGACGUGAAAGUUACAUCCAUCGAAUACAAUGAAUUUAAAGACCGAUAUGAAUGGAAUUUUGGUGGAAUUCGAGUGGCGUCGAAUGAUACUUAUCUCAUUCGUCUUGCUUCAAUACCUGGAAUGCUAUUUGAGGCCCAUAAUAACGAAUAUCAUAUUGUUUUAAAAAUGGACGCCUUUAAAGAUAAAAAUACGCAAUUAUCUAGAGAAUCAUCAUUCAUUGGCUUUGCACAGUUAGUUUCAUCCUAA